AAAAUGAUAGAGAAAAAAAAAAGGUAUUAAGCUUUUUACCAUACGAUUGUGCGCCAUCGUCUUAGCACGCCUUCGAGAAUGGCGACUCCAACGAGAUCCGAAUCUCUUUCGCUUCUUCGCUCUCUGCUCCGUACAGCCCGUCACUUCUGUGAUUACAACAUCAGAGAGUACGCCAAACGACGCGCCGUUGACGGCUUCCGCCAUAACCGGAACCUUUCCGAUCCUUCGUCCAUCGUCGUCGCCUACGCCGACGGCAAGGCUCAGCUUGAAGUUGCCAAAAGACAGUCCACCGUCUACUCCCUCUUCUCGCCCAAGGUCAAGAGCAUCAUGGAGGCUCAUCACACGAACUGAAUACGGAAGCUCUUGUGCCCUUCUCUUUCGUAUGAUUCUAAUUCUAUCAACGCUGCUCCAUGAGUUAGGGUUUAUUUCCGAUUUCCGGACUUUACUUGAUUGACUAUCAUACUUUUUCUAAUAAGAAUUCAAUAAAUUGUUUGUUUUCUGAGCUUUUCCUGUGGAUUUUGCUUGUAUGUUUGAUCAAUCAAUCCUGAUUGUGGGAUGUGAUUUGAAAUAUUUGGUGAUGAUGAGCAUGAUUGGAUAUCUUUUUUGGUUUGA